AUGAUUGAUCUAAAAGUCAGACUUGAUCAGAAUGACUACAAUAAGUUUGUUACUGAAGGGUUUUUCACAAUUAGACGCUCGGAUAAAUUUUGGUGCGGUCUUUGGACAGAUAUGACGAUAGAGCAAACUCUAAUGAGAUCUAUGAAGUCUACCGGAGGGUUGACUCGAGGACGAGGCAUUUCUGACAGUACAAUGGCCAAAUGGAUUCUCUCCAUGCCAAUUCUUGUAGAAGUUUCUCAGAAAGUUGAGGAGUUUUGUAACUUAUCAUUCGUCUCGACUGAACAGCAUGCGGAUGCUAAGGAUUCAAGAAUCACAAGAGACGAGGCAGAUGUACAGAAACUGGUUAACUGGUUCUCAUCCCAUGAUCCAUUUCCAAACAGUGAACAUCUCAUGUCAAUAUCAAACGGUAUUGUGGCAGAUGAAAGCAUUAAUUGCCACAAUGCUUACGAAAUUGGAACUGAUUCACUGUCAAAAAUUGUUGGUAAUAACUUUGCCGAUGUUAAACUUAAACGGAAAAACCGAGUAAUGCCUAUUCGUGGUUCCAGCUGUAAGGUAAAAGUUCACGAUGAAUUUAUUCCUGUAAAUCCUGACACAAUUUUUAGAAGAAUCUCCCUCCUGAAAAAGUCAGAUGAAGAGUUGCAAAACUAUUUUGCAUUUGAAUUGGCACCUUUCCCAUUGUCACUAUUUGAUGAAGAAGGACUACAUAAUGUUACCUAA